AUGGACAGAGGAGAGAGAGAGGAGAUGAUGGUGGUCAUCUAUGAAAGUUCAGAUGCUGUAAGAAAUGAUGAAGUGAUGAUAAACAUAGAGAGACAGCAAGCGCUUCAACAUACAGGAAGAGUCUCAGUGAAGAACAGAAGACACAGAUCAGUUCAAGUGUGUUUGUGUUUACUGUCUGUUCUUCUGUUCACUGCUGUAAUAGUCAUCUGUGUCUAUUUCACCAAUGAGACAAACCGACUACUAACACACAACUAUAACUUGACUAAAGAAAAUGAGAGGUUACUUACAAAACACAGUGAUUUACAAAACCAGAGCAGAAUCUUGACUGAAGAAAGAGAAAAAUUCAGAAACAAGAGCGAUGAACUCCAAACUGCCCUUCAAGAGAAAAAUCAGCUAAUACUGCAGUUAAUGAAUGAAAGAGAAGAUCUGAAGAGAUGGCUUAUUAAGCACGAUCGGCACUCUGAUAACUUUAAAUGGAUUUACUACAACUUCCGUUUUUAUUACAUUUCAUCUGAUUAUAAAAGCUGGAGUGACAGCAAAGGAGACUGUAAAGAGAGAGGAGCAAAUCUGGUGAUUAUAAACAACAAAGAGGAACAAGAGUUUUUGCAGAUGGCUAUAGCUGGUCAAUAUUAUUAUUGGAUUGGUCUGAGUAAAGAGGGAGGUGUUUGGAAAUGGGUUGAUGAUACAAUGUUGACAAUAAGGUCCUGGAUGAAUGAAUACCCCAGAUCUUACAAAUAUAGCUGUGCUGCUGGAACAGUAAAUGUUGAGGACAUCAUAAACCUUAAAGGUGAUGAGAAGAACGAACGCAUGACGGAUUGA